AGAAAGAGAUACUUUGAUAUUUCGGAAUGUAAGGAGGGUGAAUGUGGAGAACUGGAGGUUGGGGAUCUAAUUACCGGGCCAUAAUUGGGGGCUGGGGAAUAGGGUUGCCGUCCUCUCAACUCGCUGCAGAUCAAUUAUGUUAAGAGAACAUCUCUUCUAGGAUGAGCUGGAGUGUGCUGCUGACUGGGGACCUGCUGGAGGGGCUUAAAUAGCAGAGCCGGGCUCCACUUCUCAACCAGUCAGACGGCCGUGGCGAGGAGUCCGGGACUGGAAGCUGGAGUUAAAGGACGUGAGGAAGUUAGACUCGUCUUCAACACCCCCUAUCUGCACCUCAAGGUAUACAAAUGCUUUCCGUCCAGCCGGACACGAAGCCAAAAGGCUGUGCCGGCUGCAACCGGAAGAUAAAGGACCGCUACCUGCUGAAGGCCCUCGACAAGUACUGGCACGAAGACUGCCUGAAAUGUGCCUGCUGCGACUGCAGGCUGGGCGAGGUGGGCUCCACGCUCUACACCAAAGCCAACCUCAUCCUCUGCCGGAGAGACUACCUACGGUUGUUUGGUGUAACGGGGAACUGUGCAGCCUGCAGCAAGCUAAUUCCAGCCUUCGAGAUGGUCAUGAGAGCCAAGGAGAAUGUCUACCACCUGGACUGUUUCGCAUGCCAACUCUGCAAUCAGAGGUUUUGUGUGGGGGACAAGUUUUUCCUGAAGAACAACAUGAUCCUGUGCCAGACGGACUACGAAGAGGGGCUAAUGAAGGAGGGCUACGCUACCCAGGUCCGCUGACCCUCGUCAGGGUGCAGAGGAGGAGGGAGACGGGAGCGGGGGAAGACUGAUGCAGAGCUUGCAAUCACAACAAAAAGCACUAACCAGCUCCUGUCCCCCGCAUGUACAUAAUGAGGCCUGCAUCGGGCGGGGAGGUCCUUGACUGUACAGAAUAGCCAUAGAGACUGCAGCACAGCAGGCCCUGGAACCUGUCUACACGUAUGGGAGAAAAUAUGCUGCCUCUUACCACUUGGCAAACAAAACACUGGCCUCAGAACAACCAAAAGCAAGUUGCUGGACAAAUUUACAUGGCCUUAGACGAGGACUGCACAGUCCAGCGACUUGGAUCUAGAACACACAGGAGGAAUCAGUGGGACUCUUUGGGAAAGACACCUUUUUAUCGGAUAUUGUUGUAUUAAAAUGUACAUGAAGGCGCAUCAAAUAAUUUAAUGCUUGUGUGUGUGUGAGUGUGUGUGUUUUUCUUUUGAGGAUUUUUCAGUUUGCUCUCAGUUUAGAAUCUUUUCUAAUGUUGGUUUUUUAACAUCGGUCUGCUGAAUUUCUGUUUUUGAAUAUGCUGAGUUUUACAGACUAUAAAAGUGCUACAGUGGAACCUGUUUAAGUUGAUCAACACAUUAAGUCCUGGCCCACCGUGGAGUUCGUAUUACUAAAAAGCAGUGGCGGGCCGUGCGUUUUCCACCUAGGCUUUCAGUGAUGUCCGACUUUUAUGAUUACCUCUCAAAAUACCAUAAUUUAAGUCCCCACAUACUAUACAGAAACACAUUUACGCACUACAACAGUGUACAAAACGGGUUAUUUUCUGGCGCAUUUAAAAAUCCAUAAACCCACAUCAGCAAUCAAAACAUAUCUUAUGUGGUACUCUCAAAAUUAAAAUUGCAAAAAACAUUAAACAUGAAAAAAAAAAGAAAUAAAAUAUUUGAA